AUGUCGCCUAGCAAACUGAGUGUCUUUGCGAAUCUGGCGCUGGCCGCCAGCGCUGUCCUUCUCCCACCUACGAUUACCGCGGACGAUCUCGGCGAUGAUAACUCCUUGGAAACACUUGCGAUCAACCCCUUCAAGCGAUCAGUUGCUCUUGAAUGUCCCGGAUGUGCUUCUGCGACUUUGGAGUCAGACUCUUUGAAGUGGACGCAAGGUACUGGAAACCACUUCCUCCUUGACUUCGAAGUCGACGCCAAUGAGGAUACACUCAACAUUGAUGGCAACAAGCUCUACCCGCCUUCUUUCUCAUAUCAGGCGCCCAAAUUCUACGUCACCCAAGUUCAUCCCGACGCACAAACUUCCGGUGCCGAAGAUGUCCGUCUUGCCGUAACCGGCUAUUCGCUCCACUUCAGCAGCGCCGAGACCGUAUCGGAGGCUGGCACAGAACUGCUACCUCUGACGUUCCAAAUCCUCGCUAUCGAGUCUAUGCCCGUCGCUCCUCCGGCUCUCGUAAUCAACGUGCUGAAGGACGCCAAUGGCCGUCUCAUGAUUGCGUCGUUCGAGACCGAGCAAGCCACCGGGGCCUUGCCAGUUGUGACUGAGAAGGAGUGCAGGCAGUGGCCGCUUCUCUGCAAGUGGAGGGGCAUCCUGGCCGACCAGAUCGAACAGGUCAAGUCGACGGGCAAAGGCAAGCCCUGCCACAAGCGACCCCACGGUCCGGGUCAGGAUCAUGGCCGCCCCAACCCGAUGGCGGAAGAGACUACCGAGGGCAAGCCUCCACACAGAUUUCGCCCUGGUCACCCCCACCCCCACCACCGUCCCCACCACAUGGACCACGACGGUCAUGGCCACCACCGCUCCCACCACCGUAUGCAGAUGUUCCUCCACCGCGCCUUUUUCGUGGUUCUUGUGCCGAUUCUUGUUGGUAUCUUCGCAGGUACUCUGACAUAUCUCGUCGGUAUGGCUCUGGGCUGUGUGAUUGCAAUCGUCAUUGCCAGGACCAAGGGCCAGAGCUACCAGAGGAUCGCUUUGGAGGAGGAGGAUGUUGAGGAAGCCGAAUACCGCGAUGAGAAGGAAUACAUUGCUGAGCUGCCUGCAUACGAGUCCCCUCCUGUCUACGAAGAGCAGACUGAGAAGGAGGUUGAUGAGGAGAGCAAGUAA